GCCAUAUCGGCGCUGUCAUUUUGGUACAGAGCAGAGCGAAGCGCUUAAUUCGACCCGGUUCAGGCCAGAGUUCUUUUCUCUGGGGCUUCCUCGUGCUCAGCUAGUCCCUGAUCAUUCCUUGGGAAUCCCUGGGACCUCUUCGGUAUCCCGACACUCAGACAGGAAUCAUGUCUUGGGCUGCUCGCCCGCCCUUCCUCCCCCAGCGGCAUGCCGCAGGGCAGUGUGGGCCGGUGGGGGUGCGAAAAGAAAUGCAUUGUGGGGUCGCGUCCCGGUGGCGGCGGCGACGGCCCUGGCUGGAUCCCGCGGCAGCAGCGGCGGCGGCGGGAGCCGGAGAACAACAAACCCCGGAGCCGGAGCCGGGGGAGGCUGGACGGGACGGGAUGGGCGACAGCGGGCGGGACUCCCGAAGCCCAGAUAGUUCCUCCCCAAAUCCCCUUCCCCAGGGGGCCCCUCCGCCUUCUCCUCCUGGGCCACCCUUACCCUCCUCAGCAGCCCCAUCCCUUGGAGGCUCUGGGGCCCCACCCCCACCCCCGAUGCCACCACCCCCACUGGGCUCCCCCUUCCCCGUCAUCAGCUCUUCCAUGGGGUCCCCUGGUCUGCCCCCUCCAGCUCCCCCAGGAUUCUCCGGGCCUGUCAGCAGUCCCCAGAUUAACUCAACAGUGUCGCUCCCUGGGGGUGGGUCUGGCCCCCCUGAAGAUGUGAAGCCACCAGUCUUAGGGGUCCGGGGCCUGCACUGUCCACCCCCUCCAGGUGGCCCUGGGGCUGGCAAACGGCUAUGUGCAAUCUGCGGGGACCGAAGCUCAGGCAAACACUAUGGGGUUUACAGCUGUGAGGGCUGCAAAGGCUUCUUCAAGCGCACCAUCCGGAAGGACCUGACCUACUCGUGCCGGGACAACAAAGACUGUACGGUGGACAAGCGCCAGCGGAACCGCUGUCAGUACUGCCGCUAUCAGAAGUGCCUGGCCACGGGCAUGAAGAGGGAGGCGGUACAGGAGGAGCGUCAGCGGGGGAAGGACAAGGAUGGGGAUGGGGAGGGGGCUGGAGGAGCCCCUGAAGAGAUGCCCGUGGACAGGAUCCUGGAGGCAGAGCUGGCUGUGGAGCAGAAGAGUGACCAGGGCGUUGAGGGUCCUGGGGGAACCGGGGGUAGCGGCAGCAGCCCAAAUGACCCUGUGACUAACAUCUGUCAGGCAGCUGACAAACAGCUAUUCACGCUUGUUGAGUGGGCGAAGAGGAUCCCACACUUUUCCUCCUUGCCUCUGGAUGACCAGGUCAUAUUGCUACGGGCAGGCUGGAAUGAACUCCUCAUUGCCUCCUUUUCCCACCGAUCCAUUGAUGUCCGAGAUGGCAUCCUCCUCGCCACAGGUCUUCACGUGCACCGCAACUCAGCCCAUUCUGCAGGCGUGGGAGCCAUCUUUGAUCGGUCCCUCUCCAGGGUGCUGACAGAGCUAGUGUCCAAAAUGCGUGACAUGAGGAUGGACAAGACAGAGCUUGGCUGCCUGAGGGCAAUCAUUCUGUUCAAUCCAGAUGCCAAGGGUCUCUCCAACCCCAGUGAGGUAGAGGUCCUGCGAGAGAAAGUGUAUGCAUCACUGGAGACCUACUGCAAACAGAAGUACCCUGAGCAGCAGGGACGGUUUGCCAAACUGCUGCUACGUCUUCCUGCCCUCAGGUCCAUCGGCCUUAAGUGUCUAGAACAUCUGUUUUUCUUCAAGCUCAUUGGUGACACCCCCAUCGACACCUUUCUCAUGGAGAUGCUCGAGGCUCCCCAUCAGCUGGCCUGAGCCCACACCCAGAUGUGGUGCUCCUUACACUUGAGGAGUGCACAUCCGAGAGGAACUCUAAGCCUUGGGGCUGGGUGGGGAAGGGCCACGUUCCUGGAAUCUUGGUGGGGAAGGAGUACAGGGCAGAACCAGGACCUCCAAGGGGUUUCCUCAUAUCCCAAGUCAGAGGGGACCCCAGAUCCCUGCAAGGGCUGGACCUCUCCCUUCAGGGGCCUUGUGUCUCUGAAUUUGCCUGGGUCUACCAUGAUUUGGGGUGAUUUCUCACCCCCUGCCUGGAAUCAUCUCUCCUUCCCCCAGCGCAAAGCACUGGCCCUGCUCCCAGGACCUUGCUUCCUUCUCAUCUAGCCUCACUUAGCUCCCCAUCUGAAGAGGGGAAAUGGGAACUCCCCCAGAGAUGAGCAUUGGGGGGCAGGCCCCCCAAACUGAUUGCCGUGGGAUUAGGGCUCUGACAGGCCUUCCUCUGACCAAGCCAGCAGAUGGGGGCUCCUCUGGGAGAGGGAGGGGGCCCUGUCACUGUCUCCUGUCCAGAGUCCGCUCUCACACUUCACCUCCUUCUGCAGUCAGACUGAAAAAUAAAAAGGUGGUGGUGGUGGUUAAGGGGUGGGUGGAGACGUAGGAACCAAUCUGCUAUUUUUAAUUUCCUCUGAGGAUAGACUUGCAGUUAGACUCAAAGAAGUACUGUACUUUCCCAGGUUGACUAAGAAAUGCCAGUGGUGGAGGUGGGUGUUUGGGAAAGGCAGGGCCCUGAGACGGUGUGUCCCUGGGGCUCUUGGAGCACUGGCCUUCCCAGCUCCCCUCCCCCAUCUCUUCCCAUCUAACUUGGGGAAGGGGCCUGGGCUGUGAUGGCGGGGCAGCCAGGGGAUGGUUUGAUGAGUAGUCCUCAGGCCCCUCUCUCCACAGCUCUCCCCCACGCCCGGCACACACAGUGUAGGCUGGGGGCACAGGACCCUGGCCUGAGAGUUGAGGGGAGAUGCCAGCCCGCAGAGAUGGGGUGCUGGGGCUGCAUGAGUUUUGCUCUGAAGCUCUUCUCCCUGGGGUUCCUUUCCCCUCUCUCACACAUAAAAUCGCUUUCAAAUUAAAAUCGUUGUUUUCUGGA